UAUUUCAAUUUCAGAAUGGACAGCAAAGUGAAAGGAGGUCCUUGAAAAUAUUGACUUUUCCUACAUUUAUGUGACUUUCUCACCACAGAAUGGCAGCUCAUCUGAAGAAACGUGCAUAUGAGGAGUUUAGCCAAAUAAUUCAGGAUGAGCCCAAGGCACCUCCGAUUAAGGUGAGACUUGUAGCCCGACCUCAGGUGACCCAGGUCACCCUUGAUCUGAGGGCUGGUAAUUCCAGAGAGGCCCUUACUCAGCUGCUUGAUCUAGAGAACCAGCUACCAGUCAGUCAAGAUGCGGCAGAGAGUAUUAUCAACACUCUUUUUGAGCACUACAGCAAAGAGGAAGGAGCUCAUGUAAGGUCAAAGGUCAUUGAAUUAUUGGGUCGAAUUGCCAGACUCCCGGGUGUGAACGCUGUGGGCAUCGCCAAUGAUCUGAUGACGCUCUUAGCCACCGAAGGUUCUCACAAGGUCAAAGGUCAAAUAUUUACCACACUCACUGUGAUUGGCCGAAGCCUUCCGCUCACCUCCGAUCUCCACCGUCAGCUUCUGCAACUUGCUCAAAAACAUUUAACCGACUCAAACCAUGCAGUACGAUGUGCUACCCUGAGCAUGAUUGGCCAGCUUGGUAUGUGCGACGUCAAAUCUGUGGCAUCAUCGUCGUCAUCGUCCUCUGGAAAGAGUAGCAAGGAACGUCGCAAAGGCAAUGUACAAAGGAUGCUGGGAGAGUUUACAAGCGAUAGGGACGCACGGGUCAGGGAAGCUGCUUUCCAAGCUAUGUUUUCCCUACACCAGCGAGGGCAGAAACUAGACCUAGACCUCUACCAGCAAUCCAUCAAGUCCUUGACGGAUGACCAUGAAGGGGUCCGACUGGUUGCACUCAAACUAGUCUGGGUCCUGAGUCAGGUCUACCCUGACGAGCCUGUUGUGGCUCCUGGAACCACGGAGGAGACCCUGAGGCUUGUUGAUGAUGGUUUUGCCAAGAUCUGUGAGAUGGUGACGGAUUCCUCAACCAAGGUUCGAGCGGAAGCAGCGGGUCUCCUGGGCUCGUUGCAUUCCGUCAGUACCAGGUUUCUGGAGCAGACUCUGGAUAAGAAAUUAAUGUCAGGACUCCGGAAAAAGAAAACUGCGCAUGAAAGACAGAAGGAGCAGUUCACAUCAGGGGAGUGGUCGACUGGUAAGAAAUGGGCCGAUGACAAGCCGCAGGAGGAUGUGGACCCUGAAUCUGUGAGUCUGAUAACGUCUGGGGCUUGUGGGGCCUUCGUCCAUGGUCUGGAAGAUGAAUAUUUAGAGGUCAGAUCCACUGCUUUAGACUCCCUCUGUGAGCUUGCAUUCCAGUCGCCAUCCUUCGCCAUCCUCUCCCUCGACUUCCUCGUCGACAUGUUCAAUGAUGAGAUCGAGAGUGUCCGUCUGAACGCCAUCCACAGUCUACGAAAGAUCAACCAUCACAUCAAAUUAAGAGAAGACCAGCUCGAGAUUAUUUUGAAUGUUCUUGAUGAUUCCUCAAAGGAAGUGAGGGAGGCUCUUCAUGAGCUGCUGUCAUCCAUUGCCAUGGUAACCAAGUCCUGCCUCCACAAGGCUCUAAUGUUCCUCAUCAGAAAUCUCAACAAGUAUCCCCAUGAUAGGCUCUCAAUAUGGAACUGUUUGAAGAACCUUGGUACUGCCCACCCAGACCUAACCUUAGCCUUGGUACCAGACCUCCUUGGCACUCAUCCUUACUUUGAUACACCAGAACCAGACAUGGACGACCCGGCCUACAUUGCAGUGAUGAUUAUGAUCCUCAACUCGGCAGUCAACUCCCCUACCAUGUCCGCCCUGUUUCCAGAGUACACUUUCAGACAUUAUACCUAUCUGAGGGACUCCCUACCGCACCUUGUACCUGAAGUAGAGAACCUUCAACCAGCCCGGAGACAGUGUCUUUCUAACAGAGGAGACAAUAUGGCUGACAGGCAGACCAAUCCUCAAGACUUCUUACAACAGACUUUAGAUAAACUCAAAGGUCUGGAUAGUCUGUCUAACUCGGCUGCCAUCAACAUCAUGCAGCUCACUGUUCAGGAUUUACAACGUAUCAGUGAGUUAGAACCCAAGAUAACAGCUACGGCCCAGUUAUAUUCCAUGUACAUCGACUGUCAACUCACUCUAGCAAAGGCAUUGAGCGGUGAUCAUUGGAACGUCCCAGCCAUGCUUUGCCCUCAACAGAGCGCCGAGACUGCUCUUGCUGCUUCAGAAAGGGUAAUAGAAUUAAGCUACAGACUUCAGCAUCUUUACGUUGGUUGCAGCGAGUCCGAGCUUGCCAUGGUUCAACAACUCCGACUUCGGGCCUGGGCCCUGCAACUUGUGGUUCAGCUCAGGGGGAGCAGCAGCAACAGUGGUAGCAGUGGUAGCUCGUCCAGUCAUCUGGCACAGAAGUUCCUGACGAGAGCAUCAGCAAUGCAAGAACACUUCUCAUCAGCGACCAUCACACCAGAUUCGUUCACACAUGCCGUUUUCACUCAGGUUCUGAAGCUGUCAGCGGCGAGGCACGGCAUCCUCACCAAAUUCCUUCAGCCACUUCUCCUUCACAACCGAGCUCCAGUCUUGAGCCUCGCCAACACGAUCAGCCGUGUCUCGGCGGUGAUCCGUGAGCCUGCAGGCGGGAGCGACAAUCCUUUGCGAUUCACCGCUGGACUCACUCUUGGGCUGUUUGUGGACGCGGAGCUGGAGAAUGUGCGUGACUUGGAACGAGUUAGAAUUCAGGUGCGUUUCCCGGACUCCCGGACGCAACUCUUCAUCCCUCGUAGUAGCGACUUCAGAAUCCUGAGCAACCUCAGACAUCGCUUCAUGACUGAAAUCUACCUAUCGCACGGUCUGUGGUCAGAACCAAGUCAGGUCGAGGUCAGUAUUGUCAUGACACAUGACCUUCAUGGAUCGGGCCCUUCCACUUCAUCAAAAGGGGAGUCAUCAUCGAGUAGCAGUAGAGGGACCGUGGAGCUUUGUAAACCUGUGAAGGUGUUCUUAAUGCCCAAGCCAGCCAAGAGAUGAGAAAAUCAUGUUGUAUCAGGCGAGGGAGCUAUUUAUCAGAUAUGGAGCCAUGCCUGAAGUUCUGAGCUCUUAUACUGCAGAAGAAAGCUUUUUUCUUAAUAGAUAAAGGGGAAGAACAUUUUAGCGGUUGGUGUCAUGAUUCAGUGAAGAAAGCUUGAAACAGGACCAUAUGACAUAUUCACUGUUAUAUGUAUAGGCCUGAACUCCAGUUUAACUUAGGCCAUGGUAUCAUUCUGCAUUAAAAUUAUGGAAGCCAUGAAUUGCAUUUACAUUAAAUAUUUCCUAUCUUUACUUGGCUCUUUUAUCAUGCUCAAGUAAUGAAGAGAACUAUUUCACUAAUUAUUCCCAGUCAGUUAUGGUUGUAAAAUGGUGGUAGUUUUUACCUGAUUGCUAAGAAAGCAUGAAUGCUUGUAAGCAAGCAACCAGAGGACCAACCACUUAAGGUCGUUUCCGAGGGACCUGGUAAUGAGGACAAAUGCUUUUCCAAAGGGCACUGGUGCACCAAGUGGGAAUCCGACCCCCGACCCCCCCCCCCCCCCCCCCCCCCGCUCUACCGACUGAGCUAUUGCGCCUCCUCAAUCUUCAAUGGGGGAGUCACUUUCUAAUAUUGACUGAAUAAGUUAUCAAUGGUUUUAGUGUCAAAUGAGGUGAUGAAAUGCAGUCAGUAGGCAGUUCCCAAAAAGUGGCUUCUUUCAUCCAAGUGAUAUUCAUGAGUACAGAUGUUUUGCAUAUAUAAUGAGCUUGUUGCAGACCAAAACAUCUCUAUUCAUUCGGUCAUUGCUGCUCUAAUUGUGCUUCGAAUUUCAUGAUUUUGGUAUCAUUGUAAAAGAGAAGAUUCAUUCUUUCAGGUCUGGUGUUUGAAUUUAUUCAAAGAUUAUGGAAAGUAGGUGAAACUUUUGAUCCAAAACGUGCUAAAAAAUAAUUAUUUUAUACUGACGAAAUGGGUGAUUUUUUACACUUUAUUAUCGUUUGAGCCCAAAUUAUUUUAAGUUCAUGAUAAAGCUGAAUAAGUAUGCUUUAAAAUGAUAUAAGUUUCAAAAUAAGAAUUGGUUUAAUCAGGUCAAGAUCGCACUUUUUAUUGGCCAAGCACAAAAAGCAGCUUGAAAACAAGAGUACUGCACACUGAUAGGCCAAAGAGACCACACACUGGCAAAUUCCAAAGGCUCCAGUACCUGGGUUCAUGGGAAGGUCACAAUCCCCAUGUGGUAAUCUCUUCAAAUACCCCGCGCCUGUUGUUCUGUGAACCUUAUCCAGCUAAUCAUGCUCCUCAAAAAUGUCAGAAAUCUCGUCUUUUACCUUGGUGGGAAAAGUGUGACCCGAUUAAAAAGUGCCAAAUAUCAAAAGUGACAUCGUUAGAAAGUACAAAAGUUCGGCUUUAUGGUGAUAUAGGCAUCAUUGAGGCUCAAAAUAAAAAGUUUUGCACAAUUUGCAAAAGAAAACAGAUUAAGAAAAUCCAGUUUUAUUGCACAUUUUCAGGCCAGAAAUUCACCUAUUUAUCAAAAUGUUGUAUACAAAAUAAAUUACCAAUAUGAAAGAAUAACAUGUACUCUAUCUGAUGGUACAUGUACAAUGAUAUUUCAUUUCACUUGAUGUUAAAACAGGUAAAUUCUUAGAGGAAAAGAUCUCAUGAAUCACUAGAUUUUGCAAAGAGGAUUCAGCCACAAGAUGAUUUGGUUGAAUCUGGCCUUUUUGCUCAUUAGCAUACUAGGGACAUGCGGUCUAACUGAAUGAACUUGUAUAUUUACAGAAACGUGUUACACGUGGCUAUCCAUACUUAACCACAACUUUAGAGGUUAAAUAGAACCCUAGUCCAGAAUAUGGGCUGCAUUCUCACUUUUAGUCUUGAUUCCAUGGGCAGCAAUGACCAUAAGGCAGAAAUGGAAAUUGAGAUACACUUUAUGUUGGACUUUCAAAAUUAGUGAAUAUGAAAUUCACAGCUCGUGGAAGGAUCAGUGUUCUCUCUUUCCAUCUUGGGCUAAAAUAGUCCACCAGUAUGGCUGGCAACAAACUUAGUUUGAUUUUCCAUCCUUUGUGAAACACGGUAUUUUCAGAUUUGUUGUAUAUAAUAAAGAUGUAAUGUAAAUGUA